GAAUAUAUGUGUGUAUAAAUAAGAGCAUCGUAUCUGUGAUCUUUCUACAGGCAAAACUCAAAAGGUUAACAGAUCAUUCUCAUCUUCUGGCUAUGUCGACUCUCUGCGUCCCAUCUCAAGUUCCUCCCGUAUCCGAAGACUGCGAGCAGCUCCACAAAGCAUUUUCAGGAUGGGGAACAAAUGAGGACUUGAUCAUAUCGAUUCUAGGUCACAGAAACGCAUCCCAGCGCAAAUCGAUUAGAAAAGUUUAUGCAGAGACAUAUGGGGAAGAUCUUCUGAAGUCCUUGGACAAGGAACUCUCAAGCGAUUUUGAGAGGCUCAUCUUGCUGUGGACCUUGGAACCUGCAGAACGCGACGCAUAUUUGGCGAACGAGUGUUUGAAGAAGCACCAUCAAAUUAUUGCGGAAAUAGCUUGCACAAGGUCCCCAAAAGAACUUAUUCAAGCACGAGAAGCGUAUCAUGCUCGUUUCAAAAGAUCUCUCGAGGAGGACGUUGCUUAUCACACAACCGGAGACUUCCGCAAGCUCUUGGUUCCUCUGGUGAGUUCAUAUCGUUACUCAGGAGACGAAGUGAAUAUGCAUCUUGCGAAAACAGAGGCCAAACUUCUCCACGACAAAAUCUCCAAUAAGGAAUACAAUUGCGACGACAUCAUCAGGAUCCUGACCACGAGAAGCAAAGCCCAAGUCGAGGCUACGCUGAACCAAUACAAAAAUGAAUUCGGAAACGAUAUAAACAAGGAUCUUAAAGAAGAUCCCAAAGAUGAGUUCCUUACCCUCCUAAGAAGCACAGUGAAGUGCUUGGUUUUCCCACAAAAGCACUUCGAAAAGGUGAUCCGUCUGUCAAUCAACAAACUAGGGACGGACGAGGGCGCCCUCACCCGAGUUGUGGCAACUCGGGCUGAGGUGGACAUGAAGAUCAUCGGCGAAUUGUACCACAAAAGGAACAGCGUGCCGCUGGAGAAAGCCAUUGCUAAGGAUACCCGGGGAGACUACGAGAAGAUGCUCUUGGCACUGAUCGGACACGGUGACGAAUGAGGUGAGUGAGUUAUAUAAAGUGCUGUGUUUAUCUUAAUGCUUCUGCUGCUACUUCUUGAUGAUCUCUUGAGUUUUUAAAAACUGGAUGGAGUUUUAUGUGUGGUUUGGGUUUGAGCUGAAAUAAAUGACGUUGCUGGAGCAAUGCUUCCUUCUUGAUUUUGAAUAAAUAUCACAUGCUGUUUCGAAUA